UGCCUGCCCGCCGCCGGCCCGCCGCCGCCCGCGCCGCCUCCGUCCCCCCGGCGGAGCCCCCGCGGAGCCGACGCACCGCCACCGGGCAGGGGCAGGCGCGCAGGGCGGGCACGGCGGGGGUGGGGUUCGCCCUCGCCCCCGCCCCGCCCCCGAGCGGCUGCCAAUCAGCGGAGCGAGAAGCCGGGUUGGCCGAGGGAAGGCCGUUGCCCGGGAGCCACCGCCCCGCCCCUUCGCCCCCCCCCCUCGCCCGCCCGCUCCACUCCCCCGCCCUCCCCUGGGCCCUGGGAAGGGGCGCAGCGUGGGAAAGGGAUGGUUGAGUUUUAACCGGAGGCAGAGCGUGAGCGGGACCAGUGUGUGCGGAACGCGAGCAGCCGAGCGCGGAGAGGCGCCGCUGCAGUUAACUCCUCCCUGCCCGCCGCGUCGACCCUCCCCCGGAUCCCCCGCGUAGCCAGCAUGAAGCGAGCCCACCCCGAGUACAGCUCCUCCGAUAGCGAGCUGGACGAGACCAUCGAGGUGGAAAAGGAGAGCGCGGAUGAGAAUGGGAACUUGAGUUCGGCUCUAGGCUCCAUGUCCCCAACUACAUCUUCACAGAUCUUGGCCAGGAAAAGACGGAGAGGCAUCAUUGAGAAGCGCCGAAGAGACCGGAUCAAUAACAGUUUGUCUGAGCUGAGGAGGCUGGUACCUAGUGCUUUUGAGAAGCAGGGGUCUGCUAAGCUAGAAAAAGCCGAGAUCCUGCAGAUGACGGUGGAUCACUUGAAAAUGCUGCACACUGCAGGAGGGAAAGGCUACUUUGAUGCGCACGCCCUUGCAAUGGACUAUCGGAGUUUGGGGUUUCGGGAAUGCCUGGCAGAAGUCGCCCGUUACCUGAGCAUCAUUGAAGGACUAGAUGCCACGGACCCGCUUCGAGUUCGACUGGUCUCACAUCUGAACAACUAUGCCUCGCAGCGGGAAGCGGCGAGCGGCGCCCACGCAGGCCUUGGACACAUUCCCUGGGGGAGCGCCUUCGGACAUCACCCGCACGUCGCGCACCCCCUGUUGCUGCCCCAGAACGGCCACGGGAACACUGGCACCACGGCCUCGCCCACGGAACCCCACCACCAGGGCAGGUUGGCUACGGCACAUCCGGAGGCGUCUGCUCUGCGAGCGCCCCCUAGCGGCAGCCUUGGACCGGUGCUCCCCGUGGUCACCUCCGCCUCCAAACUCUCCCCGCCCCUGCUCUCCUCGGUGGCCUCCCUGUCGGCCUUCCCCUUCUCUUUUGGCUCCUUCCACUUACUCUCUCCCAAUGCACUGAGCCCUUCGGCACCCACGCAGGCAGCAAACCUUGGCAAACCCUAUAGACCUUGGGGGACGGAGAUUGGAGCUUUUUAAAGAACUGAUGCGGUAGAAUGAGGGAGGGGGAAGCUUAAAAUCCCAGCUGAGCUGGGCUGUUGCCAACAACACCUUAAAGUCAUCAGUAAAAUAAAAAGGAAAAAGGUACACUUUCAGAUAAAUUUUGUUGAAAGACGAAAGGUUUGUUGGUUUCCUUUUCUUUUUUAAUGUUUUUUUUAUCAUGUCGUAUUAGCAGCUUUUAAAAACUAGUUGUUAAAUUUUGUUCAGACAUUAACUUGAAAUAGUGAGUAUAAACC